AUGACAGGCGCUUUCUGGGGCGGGCCACGCGGGGCACUGCACGGGCACCGACAGUUCGAGGGGGUAAGCGACGGCAACGAGGUCUCGAUGCGGAAAAAUAAAGGCGGCGUACGGGACCGUGCCAAGAGUUUCCCUCAGAACCGUGUGUUGUCCCCGUGCCAAGUUGUGCCCCAUAAAGACAGCAGCUCUCGGGCUUCUCCUGCAAGGUCCAUCACCAGAGCCUACUACAGGAACUCGGUUGGCGGACUCCUCCUCUUUGACAUUACAAACCGCAGGUCCUUCCAGAACGUCCACGAGUGGCUAGAGGAGACCAAGGUGCGCGUCCAGCCAUACCAGAUCGUCUUUGUUUUGGUAGGUCACAAGUGUGACCUUGACACACAGCGGCAAGUCACCAGGCACGAGGCUGAGAAACUGGCUGCUGCAUAUGGUAUGAAGUACAUUGAGACCUCAGCUCGGGAUGCCAUUAACGUGGAGAAGGCCUUCACUGAUCUGACUCGAGAUAUAUACGAGCUUGUUAAAAGGGGGGAAAUUUCAAUCCAGGAGGGAUGGGAAGGGGUAAAGAGCGGGUUUGUCCCAAACGUAGUGCACUCUUCAGAAGAAGUGGUGAAAUCAGAUAGGCGAUGCUUGUGCUGAGCUCUUCUAGUGAGGCGAGUGGUGAUGAACUCUACUAACCAAACCUACUUUACUAAGUGAACUCGGUGUGACCGAAGGGAGAGCAACACUCGGGUUGUGAACAGCCUCCCAUGUUGUUUUUGGACACCAGAACAGACCCCGGAGAGAAAUGUUCUGUUCCAAAUAACCUUUCAGAACUGGGGGCUACAAACGUAAAGGAGAGUGAGUGAGGGUGCACGUAGAUGUUGUAAGGCGACAGGAAGCAGAAAUGAGGGGCUGCACGAGACAGGAGAGCGCAUACAGGGAGCUGAACGGGCUGGCACCUGCCAGGGUACUGUACAUGUCCUCUUUUAAGUAAAUCCAUAGCUCCAUGCUGGGUCUUGAAGCCACAGUAUGGAUACUUUAGUAGUAUAACAAAUGGGCAGACAGAGAGAAGGAAAGGGGACAUGGUCGUUUGUGUCAGUUGUUUAUUACCAGGAAGGUGUAAAGGCAGCACAGAUACCAUUUCCUCAGAAGGCCAACACCACAGGAAAAGUUUACUGACGUAGUGUGCACACGCCUGAAUUUUUUCUUAUGUUCUUGACCCUAGUUUGAUAGCAAAGAAUAUUCUGUGGGAUUUAAAGAGGAAAACAGUAGUUAUUUGAUUGGUAAUUAAAAUUUAAAUUAUCCCCCCCCCCCAGUAGUGCUUUUCUUGCUGUGCUGAACUGGGAUUCUGUGGCAACUCCUGCUUCAGUAGUAAUUAUUCAAUGCAUUUUUACGCAUUUACUGCCUAGGUGAGUACCUUGAAAAUACCCAAAGUUCAGGGCUUUCUGAUAGAAUUAAGUGGUCAAGAGCAUAAAGAGAGCCCCGUGUCCUCAUGUUGUAGCUUAAGGCUGGGGUGCACCAACAUUUCUGUCUUGCUAACAGCGCUGUGCUGACCUUUGGGUGUCUUACCAGCCAGGUCACGAGGUGAAAUGGAAAGGGGGGGGCAGGGAAACGACAAAAAAACCCAACCCCAACAAAAUAAAAUUAAAAAAAAAAACUUGAAAAGGUUAACUCAGGUGCAUCAGACAUCCUAAACAGUGAGCUUUGCUUUUAAAGAAGUGAAAGAGCAUGCGAAGCAGCAGCUUCCAUCAGUACUUUCUGCUGUUAAAGUGUCAUUUUCUUUCUUGGCAUCUGGAAGAAGAGAAGUAGCACUGGGAAGGAGGCGCACACAGCAGACGUGGCUGAGCAGGUGGAAAGGAAAGCCGCAAGGCAAGCUCAAGAGUAAAAUUUUCCUCCAUGUUUUAAUUUGACAAAAGAGGCUCUAUCUCAGGUAAGCAAAGCUGGAGAAGAUUGAUGCAGAGCGCGCCACGGGAGCUUGGCUGCCAUGGGCUCUCACGGGCCGACGCCAGUGGAGAGCGCAAGGUUUGCUCGGAUCAGGUCUGUUUGUUAGUUGUAUUUUCACAAGGGCAAGGACAAACAAGAUGGAAAGGGUCAGGUUCUUCAUUCGCUGAGUGGGAAGUCGCCAAGCAACCGCUUUGGUCUUUCAGGGUUGAGCUGUUCACGAGGUGUGCCUUGGGUUGCCUGGCUGAGGGUAGCAGAGCUGGAGUGGUACGUUAGCGGCAGUUAGAAGUUGGAUCAAACAGCGGCUUAGCAAUAGCAAAAUUCCAUAAUUCUCUGUGCAGGAACCUGGCCAGCAGGGGAAAGAUCGCGACAACCGAUAUUUUAUCUACUGAGUUUUGGCCAUUCCCCUCUACUGCUCCCAGAGAGAAAGUCCAGCGAGCCUAAACCAGUAAGUGCAUUCAGGCCUCCAGAGUAAAUCUUCAAUUUAAAACUCCAAGAGUCGUAAUGCUAAAGAGGAAGAGUACAGAAGAAAAUGUACGCAGUCUUAACUACUUAGAGGUAAUAAAUGGUUAUAUUAAAUGAUAGAGAAAUCAUUAUAUACAUCUUUUUCUAAUUCCUUGCAUUUUCUAGACAGCUUAUUAAACUAUAGGAACUGUAGAUUCAUCUGUACAAAAUUUGGAAUGUUUUUUCUAAGAUGAAGAACUUAUAGGAUAUGCUAAGAAUUCUUUUCUAACAACUGGUUUUAAUGCUUUGACUUCUAACACAAGAGGGAUUUAGAGAAAUCAGCAGGUGGUACCUUUCACAGGAUAAAGGUCAGGAGCUCUUUUACUCUAGGACAAAAAUGAAAAAAAAAAAAAGAAAAUAACUUUCUGUGGUCGCUACCACAUGUUAAAAACAAUCUGCAUGUUAGAUUGCAAUUGCUCAGAAUCUCCCAAAUAAAAGCAUACUAUACACGUUCCUCGCUUUCUGUUAUGCACUGUAACGAAAUGUGAAAAUAACGCUGUAUUUAGCUGUCUGUACGUGACUGAAAAUAUGCUUGUAUUUAGCAAAAUGGUUACUAUGUGAU